AUGGGAAAGAGAAUUCAUCAGAAUCCCUGUCCUGGACACCAUUCUGUAGCAGUAACUGAAGGUAGAGAAACGCCUAUUUGUAAAAGCGUGAUCGAGCGGAUCAAGAGAGGAAAGAUAUCUCAGUGGAGACCGGUGGUAACUCAUGCUCUCAUUCCUAAAACGUAUCUUGGAGAAGAAAAUGUUAAGGGAUUCAUCGAAGCAACACGGUAUAGAAUAAAAUGUUCUGGAACCAAACCCACAAUAUCUCCAAGAUAUGACUGUAUUUGCUGUAAGUCACCCGGCCUUGACGCGGUGUUGCGGUCCGGUAGAGCGAGCUCCGGAGGUGUCCGGAGGAAUUCCAGGGUUUGCUGCAGUAACCUUUCAGUCCACCAAGAUGGCGAUGCAAGCGGGAAGAGGGCGAACAUUCGACUUCCACCCGAAGUAAAUCGGAUUUUGUAUAUAAGAAAUUUGCCAUACAAAAUCACAGCUGAAGAAAUGUAUGAUAUAUUUGGGAAAUAUGGACCUAUUCGUCAAAUCCGAGUGGGGAACACACCCGAAACUAGAGGAACAGCUUAUGUGGUCUAUGAAGAUAUCUUUGAUGCCAAGAAUGCAUGUGAUCACCUUUCAGGGUUCAAUGUUUGUAACAGAUACCUGGUGGUUUUGUACUAUAAUGCCAACAGGGCAUUUCAGAAGAUGGACACAAGAAAGAAGGAAGAGCAGUUGAAGCUUCUCAAGGAGAAAUAUGGCAUCAACACAGAUCCACCAAAAUAAAUGUUCUCUGCAUUUUCAUUUUAGACUAAAACCCAUAAAUGAUUACCAUCACCCUUUUCUUAUUUUUAAUUAAUGCUGCAUGUUGUAAUUUCUUAUUCGAGAUUCAAAAGGACCUGCUUGAAACUUUGAUAUGUGUUAGAAUAUGUUAUGUGAAUAAAUUUGUAACUUUUUGUAAAAAAAAAAA